AUGUCUUUAAUAUCAGCGGCAGCUGACAUUAAUGACUCCAGCUCAACGGCUUCCAAUGGGUCGACAAGACAGUCGCAAGUGUACCGCAAAGACGGCAAACCACUCUCAAAAGAAGCUCUGUACAGAGCCAAGCAAAAGUAUGGUGUGUACCAAUCGCCUGCAAGAAGCACGGGAACAGGCGUCUCGGAUGCUAAGAUGGCCUCUGACGUUGCGGCAAACCUAGCCAACAACAACAGAACUACAAUUGAGGCGUACAAACGCCUCAUGGUCGACUCUGAUGCCUCUAAGGCCGCCACAGCCGUUUCGAGCCGCUCGCGUGCUUCAAGCGUCUCUUCAAAUGUCACCGCUGUUUCGGACAAACGAUCAACAAGCGCAGCUACCAAAGCUUUGGCCGCUAAACCCGUCGAAGUUCCCGUGACCACUAACAAACUUGGUAUGGACAUGUCUAAAGUGCUCUCUGGCGCUGAAGCUGCCGCUGGGAAGCGCAUGGGAAUUCGUUCAAACCCCGAAAAAAUUGUUUAUGUCCAUUCGAAAGACUCCGCGAAAGCGGCUGAACGCAGUUUCUCUUUAACCCCCGAGAUUAUGGACAAAAUCUCUACUAAGGGUCAAUUAGAAGCCGAGGCUGAACUUGAAGCUGACCCUAAAAAGUACGCAUCCCAAGCCGCUUAUGCAGUGCGCGACUUUAACCCUAAUGAGAAAGCCGAAAAGGAGCUAUUGGAACGGGAGAAGAGGAAGCAGGCAUAUUUUGGAAUGCUCACAUCUCCUCAAGUUUUGGCCAUGGCCAAAACAAAUGCUCAAUUCAAGUUGGACUCUAUGGACAAAGCUGCUCCAGGAAGCCUCUACAGAAAUGCAGAGUUCAACAAACUUGCCGUCGCCUUAGCCCAGAAGAACUCGUCACAGCGUUCGGUGCACUCCGGUAAAAUCAACAUGGGUGGUGGCUUGUGGUUGAGUCAAGCGGAUGUCCAAAACAUUGCCCAAGGUUUGAUCACUCCUGUUUUAGACGAAGUCGACAGCAGAGCUUUGCAGCAGAGAGCUAUGGAUGAGGACAUAAAGCAGAGAAAAAUCGACUACAAGGAUCAAAAUACAGCUUGGAUCGAAUUGCAACGCAACAAGCUUGGUAACGACAAAAUGUAUUCCCGAGAGACUCGCUUGAGACACAAACGUGAAACUGAAGGCCUUCAUACCAGAACCGAAAGAAGGUUCGAAAGUCUGGUUACCACUAAGGACUCCGAGGUUGCCGAGAUGGAGAAAGCUUUGCAAGAUGCCAAGAACAGUUAUGCUGCUCUUCAAAAACAAAUGGAACAAGCCUUGAUUGAUGAAGAGAAGCGCUGCGAAACCGAAUUGGUAAACUUGGCACAAGAGCAAAAAGACGAUUUGGCCUUGGCGCGUACCGAGCAAACCGAACAGUUGCAGCCAUACAUUGACGACCUUAGAGCUGCGGAGACAGAACACGAAAGACUUGUUGCCGAACGUGAAGCUAUCGCUCAAGCCAUUGCUGACCUACGCACUUCGAUUCAAAACCACAAGGUGAGAAUCGAAGAGCUGGACAAGGAGCUGGUUGACACGGCGGCUAAACACGAGGAUGAAGAGGCCAAAUUGCAAGAUCUGACCACCGAGAAGGAGCAGUUUAAUGAGAAAAUCGAUACUCAUUUUGUUGUCUUGGCUCAAAAAGCCAAGGAACAAGCGCUACAAUCGUCUGAGGAGUCCCGCUUGAGGCAAUUAGAAGUAGACGCCAUGAUAAAUGAGCGUCAAGGUGAAUUGAACAUUACUGAGUUGCAUCUAAAGAAUGAAAAACUUGUGUUGCUAGACGCCAUGAGAGAUGUUACGCAGUUGAAGGGUGAGGAGAAGCUAGACGAAGAUAAGGUCAAAGCUUUGAUUGGCAUGACUUCUGACGAAUUUAUCGCCAAGCAAAAGGCAUCCGAGAAGUCCGCUGCAUCUGCCGCAGAUGAGACAAAAUAUGAUAAGACUGGCGAGAAAUCUACCUCAACAGAAACUAUACAUCAUGAGGAGGGCGUGUUAGAGACCAAAGAACCUUCCGGCAAGACCGAAGAAACUUCUGACAAGACCAUUUCAAAGCCCAAGACCACCACCGUCGCAGGUGCAAAGCCUAGCAUGGUAGAUGCCGUGUUGCCCCCUGAUUUCAAGCCCGAAGCUACACCCAAGGCUACCAAGAAACAAGCCAGCCCAGCAAAGGAGGCUGUAACUCCUGCAGCACAAAAAAAUGGACUCAAGAGAUCAACCUCGCUCAAGGACAAGAUCAAGGGUCUAGUAUACAAAGACUCCCCUAAAACCACCCCAGAAGCGGCCAAGCCAGUUACAAAAGCGGCGAAGCCUGUUGCCGCAACGCCCGCUGCCCCAAAGCUGGCUGUUACUCCUAAGGAUACCACCAAAACACCAGCCAUCCAAGAAGAGCCCGAGACAAAAGAUGUUGAACCCGCUACUAAAGUUGUUGAACCCGCUACUGUGAAGCCUACGGUCGAGAAAGCGAUUUCCAAGCCCGAAGCUAUUGCAAGUCCAGAGGUGAAAGCUGUCAAGGCCACCUCAGACGACGCAUCUCCCAGAUUGAACACUUCGUCCAGUGAAUUUCCUCUGGACGCUCCAGAGAACACAAAAGACGCCAAAAUUCUCGUGAACUCGGAUGACGACGAACUACCAGACUCGAGCGAACCAGGGGAGGUUAAUGCCCCUGAAAGCGACAAAAAAGCUAGCCUUUUCAAAGAAGUUUUUUAG